AUGGUUCCUCAAGGAAAAGAUAAAUUAUCAAAACAACUCAAAAAUUUAUACCUGAUUUCCCAAUUACUAAAAUAAUCAUUGAAUUCAAAGUAUUCUUACAAAAGAAAUAAGAAAUUUAUAAGAAAUACUUUCUAUCCAUUUAUAUUUUGUAAAAUAGGAUAUAUGAAAAAUAUGAAUUAAUUAAGUUAGCAUUAAAAUUUAUUAAUUCAUAAUAUUCCUUAUUAAAUAAAAAGCAAUACAUUUAAUUAUCAAAACAUUACUCAAUAACAUAUCUAAAAUUCUAGAAUUACAAAUUACUCAAGAUUGGGAAUUACAAAUCAAAUUAUAAAAGAAUUUUACGAUUUAUUUCUUUUAAUAAGUAAUGAUACCAAAUAAAAAUCCAAUUAACCCGUCUUAUAAAUUUAAUCACCAAAAUAAAAAAAACUAUUGUAAAUUCAAUCUACUGUUUUACUUCAAGAAAUCAAUGAAAAAUCAUAAUUUGUUAAAAUACCAUAAACUUAUAAUUAAUUAUCCAAAUUUGAAAUAAACAACUAAAAGAGAUAAUCUAUAGAAAGAUACAUUUCAAAAAUAUAUUUCAAAUCCCUCAUCUAAUUUGUUAUGACCAAUAUUUAAUUAAUGAAUAUAACUUUAUUAAAUUGGAGAUUAUUAAAAUCAAAAAAUAUACAUACAUUUACUUCAAGUUCAUAUAAUAUGAAAAACUAAAUACUCUAAUAAUGUGAAUUACAAUAUUCUAAUUUAUUAAAAUCAUCUUGGAUGGCUUACCAGCUGAUUGUGGAUUGGUUGAUUUCUGAAAGAUUCAAAAAAGGAUAGAAAGUUGUUAUAUAAUUGAUUUUUGAUGAAUAUUUCAUUAAUUAUCUCAUUAGAUUUUCUAUAAAAUUUUUAUUUAAUUUUAAAAAAUAAGGAUUUUAAGACCCUAGUUUGUGA